AUGGGCGAGGAGCAGAGCACAGUAAAUGCGGACAGUCCUGCAGAGGGACGACCCCGGGGCAGCGGCGAAGGCGUAGGCAAGGAGCAGACGGGGCCGCGGCAGCCGCUGGGGGACAGCAGCGGGGCAGCCGGGCCCCGAGCCCCUUCCCCGGACCCAGGCGGCGGCGGCAGCAGAGACAGAGCUUCCCCCGAGCGUGGAAAGAGGGGGAGUAAAGCGCGCGGGCAGCCCACAGCAGCGGGAUCCACGGGACCACUCGAUCCCCGAACUUUGCAGCAGAAGCAGGAGGAAGAGCAGUCGAGGGGAGAAUGGGACAGGUCGUCGGAGCCAGAGCUAGGAGAGAGGGCCAGUCCCCCCGACGGACUGGUCUUGGAAAUGCUUGGCCGGCGCCGCCACCCGCCAGCCAAAAGGCAUAUCUAUUGCACCGUGUACUGCGUGGAAAACGACCUGCCCGAGGCCCCGACCCAAGAGGAGCCUUCGCCCCCAAACAUUUUGGCCUGCCGGGUGCCUCUCGCGGUCCCUUCCUCCACCACUUCUUCUACCACCUCGGCGACCUCCUCUCCUAGUCCCGGCUUGACGCCCACCUCAGACCCUUUGGCCUUUGACGGCGGCGGCGGAGGCAGCAGCGUCGAGCUCGACCUGUACCUGGCUCCCGAGCCUUUUUCCGUGGCCAGCCUAAUUGGAGCGCCGCCCUACCCAGGCCUGGGAGGACUGGGGGACCCUUAUAGCUCCCUCCUCGUGUUGAGCUGUCGGGUGUGCCUGGAAGAUAAAGCUAUCAAGCCCCUAACCUGCUGUAAGAAGGCGGUAUGUGAGGAGUGUCUGAAGCGCUACCUGAGCUCUCAGGUCCAACUUGGCCAAGCAGAAAUCAAAUGCCCCAUCACAGAAUGCAGUGAAUACUUAGAGGAAACAACUGUUCUCUAUAACCUGCCUCAUGAUGAUGUCAUAAAAUAUAAGUACUUCUUGGAACUCAGCCGUAUUGACUCCAGCACCAAGCCAUGCCCUCAAUGCAAGCACUUUACAACCUACAAGAAGAAAGGACAUGGUCCAAAUCCUACCAAAUCGGAAAACAAAUACAAAAUCCAGUGCCCUAUUUGCCAAUUUGUCUGGUGUUUUAAGUGCCACUCACCCUGGCAUGAAGGUGUUAACUGCAAGGAAUACAAAAAGGGAGACAAGUUAUUGCGUCACUGGGCCAGUGAGAUUGAGCAUGGUCAGAGGAAUGCCCAGAAGUGUCCAAAGUGCAAGAUUCACAUCCAGAGAACAGAAGGAUGUGACCACAUGACCUGUUCACAAUGUAACACUAAUUUCUGUUAUCGCUGUGGGGAGAGAUAUCGCCAGCUCCGCUUCUUUGGAGAUCACACAUCAAACCUCAGUAUAUUUGGAUGCAAAUAUCGCUACCUCCCUGAGAGACCCCAUUUAAGGAGAUUAGUACGAGGCUCAGUAUGUGCUGGAAAAUUAAUCAUUGCACCUCUGAUCCUGGUUUUGGGACUGGCACUUGGGGCCAUAGCCGUUGUAAUAGGUUUAUUUGUAUUUCCCAUCUAUUGCCUUUGUAAAAAGCAAAGAAAAAGAUCACGGACAGGUAUGCCCUGGUGAAAAUCAAACUUUUUUCAUCUGCACUGAUCUGAACCCUGUUGAAGGUUUUACAAAAUGGUGCAACGAAGAACACGGGCAUCCAUAUGCAAGUCAUCCUGAAAACUGAGAGGGACUUCUUGCCAUCUCUUCUCCUCUUGGUUCACUGCUGCAGGCCAGAAUGCCUCCUUGCUGUGGUGCACUCCAAAAAUGGUAGCCUACUCUUUUCCUCCUUUCUGAUUGCUGCUUUAAAAAAAAAUUAAGGAGUUGCUCUCCAGGUUACUUUCAUAGACUUCUGUAUUUGAACUGUAACCCUUCCUAUUGUCCUAUUAAAAAAGCAUUUUAGGUAA